AUGCCCACCUUCCCAGGCCCCCCUCGUUUCUCCCGGGACUUGUGCCGGAUCCAGGAGCACUUUCAGAAGUUUUCCGCCCUGGUCGAAUGCGUGAUUGACAUGUCUGCCCUCCCCGAUCUCAGCAUCAGUCCCGCCCACGACCCUGCUUUGGCUGAACUCAAGGAGGAGAUCGACGAGGUGGAAGACCACAUCGAAAACACUUGGGGAUAG